AUGAGCAUCAUCGACACCACAAAGGACCUGGCAGCGCUGUUCGAGCUGCAGGCUCAAGCCACGCCAGAUGCCAUUGCCCUGGAAGACGAGAAGCGCACCCUGACCUACGCGGAGCUCGACAGCCUGACCUGGGCCCUGGCCGAUCGCCUCCGCCAGUACGGCGUUGGCCGCGAUGACCUGGUGGGCGUCUUGAUGGGACGCAGCGCAGACAAUGUCAUUGCGUCCCUGGCAGCUCUGCGCGCGGGAGGGGCCUUUCUCGUGCUGGAGCUGGCGUACCCGACGAGCCUGCUCCACGAUGUCAUUGACGACGCGAAGCCCACCGUCAUCAUCACGCAAAGGGCUCAUGCUGCCAACAUCCCGACGGGCGUAGCUACCAUCGUCAUCGACCAGCCCGAGCCGGAGGCUGCCAUCAACGGCCAUGCGGCGCCCAUCGUCGUCGAAACGCGAGAGCCCCUGCCCGCCAGCGACGACCUGGACCGCCUGGCCUUUGUCUCCUACUCCUCGGGCACGACGGGCAAGCCCAAGGGCAUCGCCAACCCUCACCGGGCCCCCGUGCUCAGCUACGACCUGCGCUUCCGCACCAGCGACCUGCAGCCCGGCGACCGCGUGGCCUGCAACGUCUUCUUCGUGUGGGAGAUGCUGCGGCCGCUCAUCAGGGGCGCCACCACGGUCGCCGUCCCGGACGCCGUCAGCUACGACCCCAUCGGGCUCGUCGACUUCCUCGCCGAGAGGCGCAUCACAGACACGCUCAUGACCCCCACCCUGCUGACCACCGUCCUGUCGCGGCACCCGAACCUGGGUGAGGAGCUGCCGGAGCUGAGGUCACUGUGGCUGAACGGGGAGGUGGUCACGACAGACCUCGUCCGCCGGGCGUGCGCCGCCCUGCCCAACACUCGCCUCCUCAACGUCUACAGCGCCAGCGAGACGCACGAGAUUGCCGUCGGAGACAUCAAGACUUUCGUCGACUACGAGGCCCGCGUCUGUCCCGUCGGGCCGCCCGUCGACCCGGAGCACAUCUACAUCCUCGACGAGGCGGGAAACAGGCUCGAGCCUGGUGUAAGCGGCGAGCUGUUUGUCGGCGGCGACCUGCUCGCGAGGGAGUACCUCAACCUGCCCGAGACCACGGCGGCCGCCUUCCAGAUGGAUCCCUUCGUCACGAACAAGGAGGGCGCGAGAAUGUAUCGCACCGGCGACAUGGCGCGGAUGCUGCCGUCCGGCCUCCUCGAAAUCACGGGCCGCGUCGGCGGCAUGAUCAAGACGCGCGGCUACACCGUCCAGCCCGGCGCCGUCGAGACGACCAUUGUGAAGCAUCUCGCGGUGCGAGACUGCGCCGUCGUCGCCCACGGAGAGGGGCUGCAGAAGCAGCUGGUGGCCUACAUCGUCCCUGACACGGAAAACGUCCAGGGCCGCACCAUCGUCGUCAUAGACGACCUCGGCCACAGCCCCGUGGCCCGGCGUGCGCUCUCCGCUCACCUAGCGCAUUACAUGAUCCCGCCUCUGUGGGUUGAGCUCAAGGAGCUGCCCACGCACGCCGUCUCCGGCAAGACGAACCUCAAGGCGCUGCCUCCUCCCCCUAGGCCGAGGACGCCCGUGGAGACGGCAGCCACCAAGCCGGAGAAGAACGUCACCAUCAAGAUGGACACCAUCGUCAAGAUGUGGUCCGCGGCCCUCAACGUCCCCGUCGCCAGCAUCACGCCCAAGCACGACUUCUUCGACCUGGGCGGCCACUCGCUGAUUCUGGCUGAUCUCGCCAGCAGGCUGACCAAGGCAUUCGGCUUCCCUGUGCCCCUGGGUCCUUUGGCCGGCAACCCCACCCUUGAGGGCCAUCUCGAAGCCGUCAAGGCCGCUCGCGACGGCCACGCCGAGCAAGUCCAGGCCGACCUCCCCGCCGUCCUCCGCGCAGACGCCCAGCUGCCCGAAGACAUCCAGCCCCAUACGGCGGCGCCGCAGAUGAAGCGCCUCAGCGACGCCGAGACGAUCCUGCUGACGGGCUCGACCGGCUACCUGGGCGCCUUCUUGCUCAAGGCCCUCCUGGAACACACCUCGGCGCACAUCCUCUGCAUGGUGCGCUUCACCGAGCCGACCGAAGACUGCCGCCCCGCCGGCACCGCCCGCAUCCGCAAGAACCUCAUCGACCUCGGCAUCUGGAGCGACUCGAUGCUCGACCGCAUGGAGAUUGUCCCCGGGAACCUCGCCCGCAGCCGCCUGGGCCUGUCGCCGGAGGCCUUUGAGGAGCUCGCCUCGCGCGCGCAGGUCAUUGUCCACGCCGCGGCCACGGUGAACCUCGUCUACCCCUACGCGGCCCUGCGCAACGCAAACGUCGGCGGCACGAGGGAGAUUCUCCGGCUCGCGUCUCGCGGGGGCGCGACGGUGCACCACAUCUCGACGAAUGGGGUCCUGCCGCCUUCCCUCGAGGGCUGGUCCGAAGACGCCAUGAUUGACUUUGACGACGUGCCGACCAAGCUGCAGGACGGCUACGGCCAGACAAAGUGGGUGGCCGAGAAGCUCGUCGUCGAGGCCAGCAGGCGAGGCAUCCCUGCCAAGAUCUACCGCCCGGGGACCAUCAGCGGGCACAGCGUCACCGGCGCCGCCAACACGUACGACCUCCUCAACGCCCUCGUCAUCGAGUCGCUGCAGCUCGGCCAGGCCCCGGACGUCGCGGACUGGGUCGUCGAGAUGACGCCCGUCGACCUCGUCAGCAGGGCCAUCGUCGCGCUGGCAGACCACGCCGACGGCGAGCAGCUGGUCUACCACCUCGGCGACUCCAAGCCCAUCACGUCGGCGUCCCUCUUCGACGCCCUCGCCGAGCUGGGCUACGAAACGGGGCGUCUGCCGUGGGACGAAUGGGUCGACCUCUGGAACGAGAAGCGCGGCUCCCGCGGCGGAGGCGACGACCCCUUCACCGUCGACAUUCUACGCGGCGGAAUGCCCACCGUGGCCGGUCUGCAAGGAGCCAUCGUCCUCAAGGACGACGCCACUCGGCCUGCGCUCGAAUGCUACGGAGUGCACCGCAUCGACAUUGACAGCGCCCUGCUGGAGACGUACACGAGGCACUUUUACGCCAGGGGCUGGCUUCCUCGCCCGCCUCGCCGUCUCACGACCAACGGAACAGCCGCCAAGUCUGCUGCCGUGAAAAGGGGCCGCUUGGCAGGCAAAGUCGCCAUCGUCACGGGGGCCUCAUCCGGCAUCGGCGCCGCCGUCGCCGCCGCCCUCUUUGGCGAGGGCGCAUCCGUCGCCCUCGCCGCCCGACGAACCGAUGCCCUCGAAAAGCUCAGAUCCAGAAUCACCUCUGCGAGCAACACCACCAAAGUCUUCAUCCACAAGACCGACGUCGCCGACAAGGCCCAAGUCGACGCCCUCGUGCGCGAAACCGAACGCGCCCUCGGCCCCGUCGACAUGCUCGUGUGCUGCGCCGGCGUCAUGUACUACACCAUGAUGGCCAACGUCCGCACGGAGGAAUGGGAGCGCACCGUCGACGUCAACUGCAAGGGCCUGCUGCACUGCCUGGCGGCCACGGUCCCGGGCAUGCUGUCCCGGAAAGCAGGGCACGUCGUCGCCAUCUCGUCGGACGCGGGCCGCAAGGUGUUCCCCGGGCUGGGCGUCUACUCGGCCAGCAAGUUCUUCGUGGAGGCGACGCUGCAGAGCCUGCGGCUGGAGACGGCGGGGACGGGGCUCAGGGUCACGUCCGUGCAGCCGGGCAACACGGCGACGGAGCUGCUGGGCAUGUCGACGGACGCGGAGGCGGUCAAGAAGUACGGGGAGCCGUCCGGGGCCAAGAUCCUGGAGCCCGAGGACGUGGCGGGGGCGAUUGUGUAUGCCGUGUGUCAGCCGGAGCACGUUGCUGUGAAUGAGGUCUUGAUUGAGCCGAGGGAUGAGCCUAUCUGA